GAAUAUGUGGGAAGGUAUUGUCACGAAGCCCAUUUACUGAAUCUUUCUAACUUGCAAGAAUUUUCAGUUGGCGUGAAAUUUGGUAGGAAUAUUACCUCCUUGGCAUUCAACAUCAACCCAAGUUGGACUCCUCCAUUCAAGCUGACAUUCUUGACUAUCCAGUCAUGCCAAUUAGGCCCCAAAUUCCCACAUUGGCUGAAGGAUCAGAAUGAGCUCACCAGCAUAAUAUUCAAUACCGCAGGGAUUUCAGAUGCUGUACCAGAUUGGUUUGUUGAGUUGGAUUUGAAGCUGGAUAAUCUAGACAUGGCUUACAACAACUUGACAGGGAAAAUUCCUAACAAAUUUCAGUUCAACAUGGAAGCCAAUGUGGAUUUAAGCACCAAUAGCUUCGAGGGACCUCUCCCACUAUGGUCUUCUAAUGUUACAACAUUGUAUCUGAGGAAUAACUUGUUUUCAGGACCUAUUCCUCUCAAUAUCUGUGGAGCAUAUCCUGAUUUAACAGACUUGGACAUCUCCAGGAACAGCCUACAUGGCACCAUUCCCUUGUGCAUCGGUGAUAUCAAUCAGUUGACUACUUUAGCCCUCGAUAAUAACCAACUUAUCGGACAGCUUCCUGAUUUCUGGGGUAAGCUACCAUAUCUUUAUUGGAUAGAUAUGUCAGAGAACCAUCUAUCCGGCCAAAUUCCAGGUUCACUAGGUUCUCUAUCUUCUCUGAUGUUCUUAAGACUCUCAGGCAACAAUCUCUCUGGAGAACUGCCUUCGAGUUUGAGAAAUUGCACGCGAAUGAUUAGCAUUGAUCUUAGUAACAAUCGGUUGUCAGGGCUAAUCCCAGCUUGGCUAGGGGAAACAAUGAGAUCACUGUUAAUCCUCAGUUUAAGGAAGAAUAGGUUUUCCGGCCCCAUUCCUUUAAAAAUAUGUAGCCUUUCAGGUCUUCACAUACUGGACCUUUCAGGAAACAACUUAUCUGGUUCUAUCCCAUCCUGUUUUUGCUAUCUGGAAGCCUUCAAGGUUGAGCUAACUGAUGCAGCAUAUGAAGGGAAACUGAACCUGGUGGCGAAAGGAAGAAUAGAUUAUUAUGAUACUAUCCUUUACCUAGUAAAUAGUAUCGACCUCUCGAGCAACAGUUUAUCUGGAGAAAUCCCAGUAGAGAUAACAAGCUUGCUUAAAGUUGUAACCUUGAACUUGUCCAGGAACCAUUUGACAGGAAAUAUACCGACAGAUAUAGGAAAGUUAGGACGGGUUGAAACCUUAGAUCUUUCAAUAAAUCAGUUGUCAGGUCCUAUCCCACCAAGCAUAGCUAGUUUAGACUUUCUGACUCAUUUUAACUUCUCUUACAAUAAGUUGACAGGAAAAAUUCCCACUAGUACUCAGUUCCAAACCAAAGUUGAUCCAACAAUUUUCCAAGGAAAUGCUGCACUUUGUGGUCCUCCUUUGAAAGAAUGUGAUGGUGACAGGACUAAAACAUCUGAUAGUGGAACGGAUGACGAAGGAGAAACCGAUGAUGAAGAUAAACUUGAGAAAGUAUGGUUCUUUGCUGUUGUUGGUUUGGGAUACUCGGUUGGCUUCUGGGUAUUUUUUGGCACUUUGGUCAUCAAGAAAAGAUGGAGAAUUGCUUAUUUCAAAUUUAUAGAGACAUGCCUUUUGGAGUUCGAUGAAUGGUCAUGGAGUUUUCAGCAUAAAAUGUUAGGAUAUUUAACGUGUAGAAGAAACACUUAGGAAAAUGUUGGAAAGUGUUUGUCAACUUUAGCAAGGUAUUCAAUAAAUGGAGCUAUAGGAGUUUGUCUCUGCCAUGCUGUUAUAUUUUGUGUUUUAUUUUCAGUAUAGCACAUAUUACUUACUUUUCUAUAUGAAAAAGUGUAAAACAAUGCUACCUAAAUGUUUAUCUUAUUUACUAAAAUCAGCACAAGAAAGAACAUGAGAGAGUGUAUAAACUGCUUUUCAUGGACUAAAAGUAAAGAUUUCAUGAGUUAAAACUAUCUUAUUUGCUAAUUUCAUGGGCUAAUUUUAAGUACUUAUUUCAUCAGUUAGAAAGUGCUCACCUAAAUGUUUAUGUUAUUUGCUAAUUUCAUUGCCUAAAGCAAGAACAUCUUCAUUCCCCAACACCACUAAUAUUGGCAGGUCCUUUACAUACUUGAAUAACUCAUUCAAGAAGAUCACAGGACAAUGUAAAUGACCAUCCACUAGAUUCUUUUUUCUACUUGAACUUCAACACAAACUCAAAGUUGUCGAGACAUUUGCCAUU